CGCGCCACUCCACUCCUUAGCAGAGCAGCAGGCGUACUCGUUCCUGCAUAUGCAAGGAGCACAACCUUCUUUUCUCUCUCUACUCUCUCUCUCUCUCUCUCUCAAACCCUCGAGAGCUCUCUCUUUUGGAUAGAAGUUUUUGCCAGUUUUUUCUUGCAUUUUUCCACAGGAAAUGUCUUACUCAUCAGAAGAGGAAACAGAUAUUAGCGAGUCGGAGUUGGAGGACUAUACUUAUAAAUGUUAUGAGAAGUUGAAGAAUGGUAGUGUUAAGGUGCAAAUUUCAGAUGAAAAAUAUAGAUGCCCGUAUUGUCUUGGGAAGAGGCAGAAUUAUGCAUACAAGGACCUCCUACAGCACGCAAAUGGUGUUGGGAAGGGGUCACAGAAGAGGGGUUUAAAAGAGAAGGGGAAGCAUUUAGGUUUAGCAAGGUAUAUGAGAAAGUACCUUGAUGUGAAAUGGUCACCACCAGAAUCCACAAGACAGGAUAGGGAGUAUGCCAAGAGCAAUGAUGUGAAUGAGCUGUUUGUUUGGCCUUGGAGGGGAAUUGUAGCUAACAUUCCCGUUGAGUGGAAGGAUGGAAGGUACAUUGGGGGAAGUGGCUCAAAGCUCAGAGAAGAUCUAGCAAGGAAGGGUUUUAACCCUUUGAAGGUUCAUCCUCUAUGGAACUAUAGAGGUCACUCGGGGUUUGCAAUAGUUGAGUUUCACAAAGAUUGGCCCGGAUUCAAUAACGCAAUGGUGUUUGAGAAAACCUUUGAAGCAGAUCACAGGGGAAAGAUAGAUUAUUAUGGAGCAAAAUGCCUUGGAGACAACUUGUAUGGAUGGGUUGCACGGGAUGGCGACUUUCAUUCCAGAAGUAUCAUUGGUGAACAUCUCAGAAAGAGUGGGGAUCUGAGAACAAUUGCUGAUAUUGAAGAAGAAGAGGAGAGAAAAACUAAAAAACUUUUGUCCAACCUCACUAAUGUUAUUGAGGCCAAAAAGAUGCACAUUAAGGAGAUGGAGUGUAGAUAUAAUGAAACAUCAAUAUCCCUAAGCAAAUUGAUCGGUCAAAAAGAUGAAAUGCACCGAGCUUAUAAUGAAGAAAUGCAAAAGAUGCAGCAGAAUGCACGGGAUCAACUUGAAAGAAUCUCCAAGGAGCAUGAAAGGAUCACCUUGCAUCUGGAAGCCCAGAGCAAAGAACUCAAGCAGCGUCAGAAGGAAUUGAUGGAAAGAGAGAUCCAAAACGAAAAUGAGAGAAGGAUGCUCUAUUGUGAGAAGCAAAUGAAUGAGAGAGCAACCUUGGAGCAAAAGAAGGUGGAUGAAAGUGUGUUAAGGUUGGCUGAUGAUCAAAAGAGGGAGAAAGAAAAACUCCACAAAAGAAUUAUUGACCUAGAAAAGAAGCUUGAUGCCAAACAAGCACUGGAGUUGGAGAUAGAGCAAAUGAGAGGGGCUCUACAAGUAAUGAAACACAUAGGAGAAGGAGAGGAAGGGGAUACAGCAGUCAAGAAAAAGAUGGAUGUAAUCCAAGAAGAUCUGAAAGAGAAGGAAGAGGAACUUGAAAACCUAGAAGCAUUGAGUCAAGCUCUCAUUGUCAAGGAGCGCAAAAGCAAUGAUGAGCUGCAAGAAGCCCGAAAGGAGUUAAUUAAUUUCUUCAAGGACCAGUCUUCCCGUGCAUCUAUUGGUGUCAAACGGAUGGGAGAGCUUGACAGUGCUGCAUUCCAACUUUCAACCAAGAGAAAACACUCUAAACAAGAAGCAGCACAGGAAAAGGCUUUGGAGCUUUGUUCAUUGUGGGAGGAUUACCUAAGGGAUCCGAACUGGCAUCCAUUUAAGAUCAUCACAGUUGAGGGCUGUGAGGACCAUAAGGAAAUUAUCAAUGAAGAGGAUGAAAAACUGAAAGGUCUGAAAAAUGAGUGUGGUGAUGAGGUAUACUCUGCUGUGACAAGUGCCCUGAUGGAGAUGAAUGAGUAUAACCCCAGUGGAAGGUACACGGUACCAGAGCUAUGGAAUUUCAAACAAGGAAAGAAAGCAACAUUGAGGGAAGUACUCUCUUAUAUUCUGAAGCAGUGGAAAAUGCACAAGAGGAGGAAGAACUAGAGGAUAUCAGUAGCUGGCUUUUUUGGACAUGGAGGUGGCAUCUUUUGUUGGGCUUUGGGAGCAACUUCAAUCUAUCUGUAGUAAUUUUUUUUAAUUAAAAUUUAAGCCCUCAUCUUUUUAUAUUGCUCAUGGGAUUAGUUGUAAGGCAUGUACAAGACAAACCUUAACACUCUAUAUUGCCUAUAUAUUACGUUUUUUUUU